AUAGAGAAGAACAAUCCAGAAGAUUCUAAAACAUUUUUGAAUUACCACAAAAAUCUGAAGUUUUCUUGAGGCCCAAAAAAACAUGUACGAGAAAGUACUAGAUUUCUCUUCAGCUUGUUUUAUAUACCUGACAUCUUCUUCCAUGCAUCAAGAAGAAAGCAACAGAGUUAAUCUAGUAAGCAAUCAAAUUCUCAGUCACUUCGUCAUCAAAUCCCUGAAUUUCAUUAGAGAAAGUAAGAAAAAUGGCAAUGAUCCCAAGAUUCUUUGGCAAUCGAAGGAGCAGCAUCUUCGAUGAUCCCUUUUCCUUUGACAUAUUGGAUCCUUUCAGGGGCUUCCCUCUGUCUUCUUCGUCACUCACCACCACGCCUGUCCCAGAAACCGCUGCUUUUGCUAACACCAGAAUAGACUGGAAGGAAACUCCGGAAGCUCAUGUCUUCAAAGCCGACCUCCCUGGGCUUAAAAAAGAGGAAGUGAAAGUGGAGAUAGAAGAUGACAGGUUGCUUCAAAUCAGCGGAGAAAGGAGAUUUGAGAAGGAAGACAAGAACGACACUUGGCACAGGGUUGAACGUAGCAGUGGGAAGUUCAUGAGGAGGUUCAGGUUGCCAGAAAACGUGAAGAUGGAACAGGUGAAAGCUUCCAUGGAAAAUGGGGUCCUUACUGUUACCGUUCCUAAAGAGGAAGUGAAGAAACCUGAUCUCAAAUCCAUUGAGAUUUCUGGUUAAAACAACUUGAAAGGCGUCAAACGUUUUGAUGAACAUUUUUCUUUGCCUGCCUUCAUAUACAUAAAUAUUAAGACUCCAUGCUUGUGAAAUGACAUUAGUGUUGCUAAUGUGAAGGUAUCUUUGCUUUAAUGUAAAUUUCUUCUGCUUAUUGCCAGCUCUAAACAUGUAAUUUCCAAA